ACUGGAAGUCAACAGGACAGUUUAAACAAAUGUCCCAACAACGCAAACACAGGGAGGUUAAAUCCUGAGGUCCCGUUCCAGAGUGCAGCGGAUGUUCAGUCAUGGAGCUGCUGGUCGUCCUUCUCACCCUCUCGUGCCUCAGCGCCGUGGCUGCAGACGAAGGAUCCUGCGUUGGUCGCUGUGACCUGGGCUUCCAGCCGGCGGUGAAGUGCCAGUGUGAUGCCCUCUGUGCUUUCUACGCCAGCUGCUGCAAGGAUUACUACUCCGUCUGUGUGAAAACCCGUGGGGAUGUGUUUGCCAUUCCUGAGGAUGAGAUUGAUGGUUUUGAAACACGAGACUCUGAUCUCUUUGGGAAUGGGACGUUUGAAGAGUAUCCCGAUCCGGAGCUGGAGCCCAGCCUGGAACCGGAGCCCAGCCUGGAACCGGAGCCAGAGCUGGAGCCCGGCCUGGAACCGGAGCCCAGCCUGGAACCGGAGCCAGAGCUGGAGCCCGGCCUGGAACCGGAGCCCAGCCUGGAACCGGAGCCAGAGCUGGAGCCCGGCCUGGAACCGGAGCCCAGCCUGGAACCGGAGCCAGAGCCCAGCCUGGAACCGGAGCCGGAGCCGGAGCCGGAGCCCGGCCUGGAACCAGAACUGGAGCCGAGCCUGGAACCGGAGCCAGAGCCAGAACCAAUGAACGUGUGCUUCAAUGAAAGCCCAUUUGAUGCGUUCACCGACCUGAAGAAUGGAUCGAUCUUUGCUUUCCAGGGAAAACACUUCUACGAACUGGAUAAGGAAGGUGUUGCUCCUGGAUAUCCCAAGCUGAUUCAGGCCGUGUGGGGUUUGCAGGGUCCCAUUGACGCUGCCUUCACACGAAUAAACUGCGAGGGAAAGACCUAUCUCUUCAAGGAUAAUCUGUACUGGCGUUUCAACAAUGGGAUCAUGGAGGAUGGUUUCCCGAAGCUGAUCAGGGAUGGAUUUCCAGGAAUUCCGAGCAGCAUUGACGCAGCACUGGCAUUGCCAGCAUCCGGCAUCAGUGGGAAAGAGCGAGUUUACUUCUUCAAGGGUCGGGACUACUGGCAGUACGUCUUUAACAAUCAGCCGAGCCAGCUGGAUUGCGCGAGAAUAUCCAUCUCCAUCCCCUUCCAGAGGUACACCUACAUCAUGGCUGACAGCUGGGAGGACUUCUUCUCCAUGCUCUUCGAAUCACCCCGGAGAGCCGGUGCCUCCGGACCAUUCCGCAUCAGUCGGUACUGGCGUGGGCUUCCUACGCAUGUGGAUUCGGCGAUGAUCGGGAAACUCUUCAUGAUCCGGCAGUUGAAGAACCCCAAGCGGAAGAGGAAGCAUCCCCAUUAUGGACAACGCUGGCCAAAGGGUCAGCGGCGGCAGCACUCGUCCAGUGCAGAGGAUGAUCCCUUCACCCUCAUGCCCAGCCAGAGCGUCUACUUCUUUGUGGGAGGUGAAUAUUACCGCGUUGACCUGGAGACCAAGAGGGUAGUCCGUGCUUGGCCCCGAUAUCCACGAUCCAUCGCCAAGUACUGGUUCAAGUGCAAGCACGUGUCUGAAUAAUGCCAGCUGUGGACAGAACCGUCACCCGCUGAGCCACAGAUGCCUGCUGCAGAUUCCUUGAGUGUGCCAGUGGGAGGUGACGCUGCAGGGAAUGAGUAACGAGGAAAUAAAACCAGAGUAGCCUGCC